AUGUCCAGAUCUAAGACUUAUUUUGAUAUCUCUAUCGGUGGUGUCCCUAAGGGGCGCAUGGUAUUUGAAUUGUUCAACGAUGUAGUCCCAAAGACUGCUGAGAAUUUCUUAAAACUAUGUGAAGGUAAUUCAGGAAUGACUAAAUCUAAACCUGAUGUGCCACUUUCAUACAAGGGAUCUGUCUUCCACAGAGUGAUUAAGGACUUUAUGUUACAAUUCGGUGAUUUCACCAAUUUUAACGGUACUGGUGGUGAAAGUAUUUAUGGUGAGAAAUUCGAAGAUGAGAAUUUUGCCCUGAAGCAUGAUAAACCUUUUUUACUAUCAAUGGCUAAUGCUGGCCCUAAUACCAAUGGGUCUCAAGCUUUCAUCACAUGCACCCCAACUCCUCAUUUAGAUGGUAAACAUGUAGUGUUUGGUGAAUUGAUCCAAGGUAAGAGAAUUGCACGUCUCAUUGAGAACCAACAGACCGAUGUCGAUGAUAAACCAAUGAGGGAGGUGAAGAUUGACGACUGUGGAUUGUUACCUAACAAUUACGUGGUUCCAGCAGAUGCUGAAAAGACUCCAACUGAUGAAUUUGGUGACAAUUAUGAAGAAUUUAUCAAAUAUGAUGAAAAAGUUGAUAAGACUAACUACGAAUCAGUCAUCACCGCCUUGAAUAAAGUUAAAGCUAUCGGUACUGAACAAUACAAGAAGGCAAACUAUAAAGUAGCAUUGUCCAAAUACGAGAAAUGUGACAAAUUUCUCAAAGAAUAUGCACCUCAAGGUCUGACGGAAGAACAGUCUACGACCAUUGAGGAGUUAAGAGUUUCCGUUCCUUUGAACAUCGCAUUGACUGCUUUGAAGGUGAAGGAAUUUGGUACCGCUAUGGUAGCAGGUUCUGAAGUACUAUAUCAAAAGUCUGCCGAUGAAAAGGCUAAAGCAAAGGCCCUGUACCGUCGUGGACAAGCCUAUACUGGUAUGAAUGAUUUGGAUAAUGCUCUAAAUGAUUUUGAGAUGGCAAAGAGUUUCCAACCAAAUGACCAGGGUAUUGUCAAGCAGUUGAAUGAUACUAAGGCUAAGAUAAAGGAAUUGGACAACAAGCAAAAGAAAUCCUUGUCAAAGAUGUUCUCAUAG